AUGCGUCAAAAGGACCAGAUCGCUCAUGUUCGAGCAGAACGCGAUAUCCUCGUGAAGGCAAACAAUCCUUGGGUGGUUAAAAUGUUUUACUCCUUCCAAGACUCGGUCAAUCUCUAUCUCGUCAUGGAAUUUCUUCCCGGAGGUGAGUUUUUUCGUCUAUAA